CUAGCUAGCAACGUCUGAAGACAGCAAGGGAGACACCAGCGACGGAGUAGAAGCAUAAAGCGGGUUUCAGCACUAUAAGAUGAAAGAAACAGCCGAGAAAGAAAUAAAAAAGAGACAGUUACGUAAAAACUGAGGCGAAAUAGCGAGCACCAGUUGUUCCACCGAGGAAGAGCCGAGUAACGUUACACACCUGCUAAUGUUAGCACCAGCGCGCCGUUCAACUUAACUGGAGACCGUGAAAACGACGUAAAGUGGGAAGUGCCGGAGCUGGAGUCAACUGCUACAACUGCUAUCACAUCUUUCUUUAUUUGAGUAAGCCUAUGUCACGGAAGAGGUGGGAGCAAAUGUCCUUUCCCAAGGGUUUGAUAGACAAUUUGGCACAGCGAACAGCCCGAAGAGAGCACCUAUGAAACUGCCAUCUCACAUCCUGAUUAAGAUUCUGUCAUACCUGGAUGCCUCCGCUCUUCAUACCGUCAGCCACGUCAAUAAGCUCUUCUAUCAGCUCGCCAAUGAUCAUGCUCUGUGGAAGAAGAUACACAUGGCAGAGUUCGGCAAGCACAGAAAGCGGAAAUCGAAGUGCACAGACGAGCUGCUGCUGAAGAUGGCCACAGUGGAAGUGCAGGAUCGGGCUGCAGGCUACUGGAAGUGGCUGCACUUCAAGACUGUAGCCGCAUGUGACAUGGACAAGUGGAAAAGACAUCUUGGACUCAUCAGCCGUCACACUGGGCUGCCCGGCCAAACAGAGCGGGUCCUCAGGAACUUGCACGUCACCUGGGAGCUAACGGUCUCCGAUAAGUCAGGCCGUGAGGUCACAUUCGAGCCGAGCUGGUCCCACUUCUGCGAGACUUCUGUGACUGUGUGCUGGAGCGGAGGAGGCUGCUUGCCCAGCUACCAGCAGAUUUCCACCCUUCAACUCCACGGCGUCAGGAGGAUAGACCUCGACUGCCCCGGUUUGAAGAACCCCGGCUGGAGGUCCCUCAUGUCGACGUUAGACAUGCGGGCUCUAACUGAAAGUGCGCAGGUCAUUGGCCAGGACCGAGUGGUUGAAUUGAAGCUGCUGCAGCCUGGCAUAAUUAUCGGUGUGUGGAAGGACCAGUGCUCUGUUGCCUUUGUCAUGCUCACCCUCCACUUCCACAAGCUGCUGGAAAGAAGCACCCAGGGGUCUUCUGUUGGCCCCUAUGUGGAGCCAAUGGAUAAACCCCCUCUUGAUGACAUAGACCCUGAAUACGGUCUCCAUGGUUACCAGCUACACAUUGUCCUCCACGACGCUGUAUGCGAGAUCAUGUCCGGAAGCUUCUCCCAGCUCUUCUGCCGGAGAACUCACAUCCAUGACGGCCUAAUCCAGCUGACUGCCAUUAGCGGGACAAGCCUGUCCCGGCACACACCUUUGUCUGGCAACAUCAAGCUUUCCUGGAGGUGUGAGGCCCUGCAGGGCGCAGUGGAGAACUGCUGCAUCAUGAGUCUCACUCUGCUGGACGAAUUCAAGAAACCCUUCUGGUGUGUCGGCUCUCCUGUUUCCAUGGAGCCAGAGGAGAGACCUGUCUCCUAUGACUAUGAUGGUGAGCACUUCCUGAUCCACUAUCAGGACUCAGACGGUCAGGUUACGAUGAAAGUCGUUUGGAUGAAGGAACAGAAGCAGUGUGUCCUCAUCAGUUUAGUCGUGUGUUUGACUGUCGGCAAAGUCAACAAGCAUUUUGGUCGAGAUUACUGAACCCGCAGUAUUUCUGGGACACGCUCUGAGUUUUUAAUUUUUUAAGUUGGAUGCUAUGAUUUUGCUUUUAAACAUUUCAGUUAAACCAUAUUAUAUCUGUAUGAGACACUGAUACUAUAUAAUAUCACAGCACCUUGUUUUUAAGGACAAAAGAGUGUGCCAUUCGGAUUAUUUGAAGCUUUUAGUGUUAAAUAAUAGGUUAAACUUAAUUAAUACUUAUAAAUAGCAAUUUAUUCAGUGAUUUUUUUUUUGUAUCUACAGAAAAUGUCACAGCUAAAAAAACUAUUUGCACCAUUAACAAUACUUUUUCAUUAUAUUGUCUUUAA